CCUGUGCGGAGGGAAGGGCCUGUUUUUCCUGACCUUUCCCUGGAAGUCCAAACCCUAUGAGGACAGAAGGAGGUAGAAGCCUCAAGAGACUACACAGCUGUCCAAGGCCCCCAACUGGGCAAGCAGAGACCUCCUUAUGGCUGAGCUCCUGCCCCUGCUGCCUGGGGCACCCCUGUUGACCCAGGGUGUUGUCCAGGACUCACCUGUCCCCCCAGCAGACUGGCAGAGCCAGCAGCUACAGGAUAGCAGGGCUGAGGACCUGGCCUCUGAGCCCUGGAGGCUCCUGGAGGUGCCCUCCAUUCAGAUAACGCCAUCCAGUGAUGGGAAAUCAUCCCACUACAUCCCAACGCCCCAGUGCCUGCAGCUAAGGACCCCAGACCUGGAAAGUCUGCCCCAGGACAGUACCACCCCCCACUCUGGGCGGAGCACGCCAAGCAGCUCCCCAUCUCUCCGUAAGCGGCUGCAGCUCUUGCCUCCAAGCCGACCCCCGCCUGAGCCGGAACCAGGUACCAUGGUGGAGAAGGGGUCAGAUAGCUCCUCAGAGAAGGGUGGGGUGUCUGGAACACCCAGCACCCAGAGCCUGGGCAGCCGGAACUUCAUCCGCAACAGCAAGAAGAUGCAGAGCUGGUACAGUAUGCUGAGCCCCACGUACAAACAACGGAACGAGGACUUCCGGAAACUGUUCAGCAAACUCCCUGAAGCCGAACGCCUCAUUGUGGAUUACUCCUGUGCCUUGCAGCGUGAGAUCCUCCUCCAGGGCCGCCUCUAUCUCUCUGAGAACUGGAUCUGCUUCUACAGCAACAUCUUUCGCUGGGAGACGACCAUUUCCAUCCAGCUGAAGGAAGUAACAUGCCUGAAGAAGGAAAAGACGGCUAAGCUGAUCCCCAACGCCAUCCAGAUCUGCACAGAGAGCGAGAAGCAUUUCUUCACCUCCUUCGGUGCCCGGGACCGCUGCUUCCUUCUCAUCUUCCGCCUCUGGCAGAAUGCGCUGCUUGAAAAGACGCUGAGUCCCCGGGAGCUCUGGCACCUGGUACAUCAGUGCUACGGCUCAGAGCUGGGCCUCACCAGCGAGGACGAGGACUAUGUCUGCCCCUUGCAGCUGAACGGUCUGGGGAGCCCCAAGGAAGUGGGAGAUGUGAUUGCCCUGAGUGACAUCACCCCGUCGGGGGCAGCUGACCACAGCCAGGAGCCAAGCCCGGUGGGCUCACGCCGUGGCCGCAUCACCCCCAACCUUUCCCGGGCCAGCAGCGAUGCAGACCAUGGGGCAGAGGAGGACAAGGAGGAGCAGCAGACAGACAACCAGCCAGAUGCCUCCUCCAGCCAGACAGUGACUCUGGUGGCUGAACCUCCUAGUGCAGAGCCCACCCCAUCUGACGGGCCCACUUCCCUGGGCCCCUUGGACCUGCUGCCUACUGAGGAGCUAUUGACGGACACGAGUAACUCUUCCUCAUCCACGGGGGAGGAAGCAGACCUGGCCGCACUGCUUCCUGACCUCUCUGGCCGUCUCCUCAUCAACUCCGUCUUCCACGUGGGUGCCGAGCGGCUCCAGCAAAUGCUCUUCUCAGACUCGUCUUUUCUGCAGGGCUUCCUGGAGCAGUGCAAGUUCACAGGUCAGGGGCCGAGGAUCCCCAGGCACAGGGUUGGGGUGGGGGAGGCAGGCCUUCGGAGGCGGAAGCGGCCCCUGAGCUGGAGGGGUCACGGUGACGGGCCCCAGCACCCAGACCCUGACCCCUGUGCCCGGGCUGGCAUGCAUACUUCAGGCUCCCUCAGCUCCCGCUUCUCAGAACCGGCCGUGGACCAGGGCCCCGGGGCAGGCAUCCCCAGCGCCCUGGUGCUCAUCAGCAUUGUGAUCUGUGUGAGCCUCAUCGUCCUUAUCGCCCUCAACGUCCUCCUCUUUUACCGCCUCUGGUCCCUGGAGAGGACAGCCCACACGUUCGAGUCCUGGCACAGCCUGGCCCUGGCCAAGGGCAAGUUCCCCCAGACGGCUGCAGAGUGGGCGGAGAUCCUGGCCCUGCAGAAGCAGUUCCACAGCGUCGAGGUGCACAAGUGGAGACAGAUCCUGCGGGCUUCUGUGGAGCUCCUGGACGAGAUGAAGUUUUCGCUGGAGAAGCUACAUCAAGGCAUCACUGUCUCAGACCCUCCCUUCGACUCCCAGCCACGGCCCGAUGACAGCUUUUCCUGAAGACGCCAGGCCGCAUAGCUGAUUCCCCAAGUGGACAGACGGACACAGAGCCUCGGUAGCCACUGCUGGCACGGUGUGAGCUCCGGGAGCUUCCUGCCCACGCCCAGUGGUCCAGUCAGGGGCCACGCAGACACGGGGACCACAGAACCGAGAUGCACUUUAGACCAGCGUGUGCGAGUCCAGCUGCCAUUGCCUGCCCAGCCAGGGAGCUGGCCUGGCCUUCAGCAGGCCUCCCGCUAACUUAUUUUGCCGGGCUGGGGUUGUGGGAGGCGCCUCCCGGGGUGCACGAUUCCCUCAGCCCUGGGUUUAAUGUAUUAUAUUUAUUUGGGGUUGACAGAGCCCCAAUAAAGGGUUGGAAAUGGCUGUG